GGCUCCCUGUCCUCAGACUCACGUUUGCAGAGGGCACCCCGAGGGGAGAAACCAAGGCUUGGGCUUUAGCAUUGGGAUGGCUUAAGUCUGCUCACCUGGACCCCGGGUUGAGUCACCACCUGAGCACCUGCUGGGAUGACUCAGGAAACCGAACCGGCCUACCUCCAAGACAGUGUUGGCCCAGGGGCAGGUCAGGGCUUUGAGGAGCAAUAGGCACAAGAAAAGGGUUUGGGGUAGGGGGUGGGGUGUUCCCAACUUCCUCCUCGCUCAAUUGGGACCCUGAGGGCUUUUGAUUCCCCUGUGCCCCAUCCCAUUGUGCGGAGAAAUUGACUUUAAAUUGCCGGAGCUGCAGCAGGGAGGGGAAGGCGUGCAGCGCUCCUGGGGCUGGAUGGCUUGACUUCUGGGUCUUGGGUGGGGAGGGGGCGUGGUGCCCCGAGGGGAGUGUUGGGGGCUGGGAAGAACAGGACACCUGGGUUUGCCCGAGGGAGGGGGACGUUGGCGCCCUUAAGGAGGCGCGGUCUGCGGGGAGGGAGUGGGGAGGAGUCUGGUUAAAAGCCGUUCCCGGGUCUGGCCCACCCGCCAGCCACAGACGUAGAGGGCAGGUGAGAGUGGCGGUGGCGUCCGGGCCCGGGACUGCUCGGGACGCUCGGAGGCCGGGCGCGCCGCGGCGGCAGGCGGGCUGGGGCGGACGCCUCGCGGCGUCGGGAGCGGAGCGCGCAGCCUGCUCCUUGCGGGGUGCCCGGCGGCGGGUCGAGCGCCGGCUUUCCCAGGUGCACCUCAUUGGUUGGGAGCAGGGGCUCCAUUCUCAGGACUCUGAACUUGGGGACGACGCUACUUUUUAGGGAGACGAGUUCCUCUGGAACGACUCGAGACUAGGAAGACACUUGCAUUUUAAGGACCUCGGGUUUGGGUACCGACGUUGCGCUUCGGAAGGGAGGGCGCGCGGGACGCCCUCUCGAGUUUUCCCUCCUCACCCCGCCCCACGCCCCCAUGGCGCUUCCCGGCCCUCCCCACGACCAGGUCUGGAGCCUGCAGACUCCUGCCCCCGCGGCUCCUACCAACUCGCCCUCGGGCUGCCAGGAGCGGGAGGGCGCCGGGAGCCCAGGAGUCUCCGGGGGGCUCCCCCUGGAGAAGGUGAAGCGGCCCAUGAACGCGUUCAUGGUGUGGAGCUCCGCGCAGCGCCGCCAGAUGGCGCAGCAGAACCCGAAGAUGCACAACUCGGAGAUCUCCAAGCGCCUGGGCGCGCAGUGGAAGCUGCUGGGCGAGGACGAGAAGCGGCCCUUCGUGGAAGAGGCCAAGCGGCUGCGCGCCCGGCACCUGCGCGACUACCCCGACUACAAGUACCGGCCUCGGCGCAAGGCCAAGAGCUCCGGCGCCGGGGCGCCCCACUUCGGCGCGGGGAGCGGCAGCGUGGCUGCUGGCGGGCCGGUCUGGGGCCCCGGGUUCGCGACCACCCAGGGGAGCAGAGGCUUUGGGUACCAGCCGCCCAACUACUCCACAGCCUACCUGCCCGGCGGAUACGGCUCUUCCCACUGUAAACCAGAGACGACCUCACCGUGCUCUCUCCCUCAGAGUAACCCCCGGCUCCAGGGAGAGCUGCUCCCCCACUAUAACCCCUACCUCCCCCCAGGCUCUCCCACUCCGUACAACCCUCCCCUGUCGGGGUCCCCCCUGCCCCUGACCCACCUCUAACCCUGGUGGACAGGGACCUCCCAGGAAGGGCCCCUUCCUCCCCCUCCUCCUCUGUCUUCACCCAGAACCUCCCACCCCCACCCCAAGCUGCAAACCCUCCUUUAGAACUCUGUUGGACCCCAGUUCAGAGGAGGCCUGUGCUGUGGUCCCCAUCUGCGCUGCCACCUCCCCCCCAUAACACACUU